UGUUCGACGACAGUGUACGGUCCUUUACGACUUGAGAUGACUGGUGUCCAGUACGCAUACACAUACACAUACACGCAUACUGUAACCAUUAACCAAUAAUACCCUAAGUAUUAACCACACGUCCAUACAACAGUAUAGGUGCGUUGAACGAUCGUUUUUGGUGUCAUGGCGUACCAGCUAACGCGGUGAUACAUAUUGCGACGUUUAAUCCGGCACAUUUCGAUUUUCGAUCGGUCUCGAUCGUUUGUGUUUUGCCGCGUAUUGUGCGCCGAAAUUAAACAGACAUUUUUUUUAACGCCUUGAUCAACCGCUUUGCGUUGAUUGUUAUUUUACGACAACGUUUGCGUUGGUGGUUGGACCGCAUUCAUCUUCAUCCAUUUUGUGAUAGUUAAAAGUCUGACUUCACUGUACUAUAUCUUAAUCUCAGUACAUUUAGUCGCGUCAACUGAAAAAUGUCGGAGAACAGCAGCGCACCCCUUAAAGAGUGUAAGGUAAAAAUCAUAAGGAUGACGAAAGAUGAAGUGAAGAAGCUUACUAAAAGAAAAUCAGGAGGACGUAAAAGAAAAUUGACGACUGAUAUCAAACCUAAAAUAUUUGUUAGGCGGGAUAUGCAUACCGAUGUUACUAUGGAUAUCAAAACAACACAAGACACCGAAAUUAUUGCACCUCAAAAUAUUCAAAAUGUUUGCAUAGAUAACGAGGAGAUAAACGAAACACAAAAAACCGAGGGUACAUCAAACACUGGCCAUGAAAUUGACAUUAUCGCACCACAAAAUAAUCGAAAUGAUGGCAUAAAUAACGAGGGGAUAAACGAAACACAAAACACCGAGGGUACAUCAAACACUGGCCAUGGAAUUGACAUUAUCGCACCUCAAAAUAAUCAAAAUGAUGGCAUAAAUAACGAGGGGAUUAACGAAACACAAAACACCGAGGGUACAUCAAACACUGGCCAUGAAAUUGACAUUAUCGCACCACAAAAUAAUCAAAAUGAUGGCAUAAAUAACGAGGGGAUAAACGAAACACAAAACACCGAGGGUACAUCAAACACUGGCCAUGAAAUUGACAUUAUCGCACCACAAAAUAAUCAAAAUGAUGGCAUAAAUAACGAGGGGAUAAACGAAACACAAAACACCGAGGGUACAUCAAACACUGGCCAUGAAAUUGACAUUAUCGCACCUCAAAAUAAUCAAAAUGAUGGCAUAAAUAACGAGGGGAUAAACGAUGCACAAUUAGAAAAUAUUAUGUAUGCUGAAUACGAGGAUUUUAUGCCUAGUAUGGUCUACCAACAAUAUGUUCAAAAUGACAUGGAUACAACUGAGGAGGGAAAUGAAACUGUCUACAAUCCACCAAUUGGCUACAUUCCUAAUGUGGUGAUAAAACAAGAAAUACAAGAUGACAGUUAUGCUGAUUUUAUGCCGCAAGUAGCUCCCAGCGCCCAGAUAAUGAUAAAGCAGGAAGUUGUUGAUGAAAGUUAUAACUAUAAUAAUAUGUAUGUUUAG